GUUUAAUUUGUUGAUAAAACACAUGUGAAAUUAUAACUAUGACGAGUAUUGUUAGCUCAUGGAUAUUUUGACAAACGCUACGCCACAAUCUUACUUUUUAUGUUUAAAGUUCUGCUUGCCAAAGUCAGCAAUAAACCUGCCAGAAGAGUUAUGGAUCAGUGAUCAGAAUGUAGACCCAAGCGCCCGCUGUAAAAUGAUUUCAGUGAUAGGCGGUGUGCGGGGCGGUGCUUGCACAAUUUAUAUGAGAUGACUCUCGCAAUCGCAAUCCAGCUGUCGAAGACUGCGGUUGAUCUACUGAUCGCGUAGAGCAUGAGCACAGACUUGAAUUCUGCAGUCCUGUUUCAUGGACUGGGUAUAAUAGGGGGUUUCACAGUGUUGUUUUAUUUUUUAAAGUUCUGCUGGAAAUUCUAUUGGGGAGUGAGAGUAUACGUGUUGUCAGAAUAUUGUAAAACUGACCUACGAAAAUACGGACAGUGGGCGGUUGUUACCGGAGCAACCUCAGGUAUCGGAAGAGCUUAUGCCAAUGAGUUGGCUAAAAGAGGACUGGACAUUGUACUGGUCAGCCGUUCAGAAGAAAAGCUUCACAUUGCUGCCACGGAGAUUGAGAAGCUUUAUGGGAGAAAGACUCGCAUCAUUCAGGCAGAUUUCACAGUGGGCCAUGCUAUCUAUCCUGCCAUCGCAGAGGGACUACGCAACCUGGAUAUUGGCAUAUUAGUAAACAAUGUAGGCAUGAACUAUGUUGGAGCGUUACGUUUUUUUCUGGACGUUGCCAAUGCUGAACAGAGAAUCACUGAAGUCAUCAACUGUAACAUCCUGUCUGUGACACAGAUGACAAGAUUGGUUCUCCCACACAUGGUUGAAAAGGGUACGGGCUUGAUUAUAAAUCUGUCUUCUGAAGUUGCCUCCCAGCCACAGCCUUUGCUGACCCUAUACUGUGCAACCAAGAUUUUUGUUACCUAUUUCUCCAGAUGUCUGAACUCAGAAUAUAGUACGCGGGGGGUCACAAUCCAGUGUGUCACUCCCUUUAUGGUCUCAACAAACAUGACCUACAAUGCAGACGUCAAUGCCUUUGUGAAGAGUGCCGCAGAUUAUGCCCGUGAAGCCUUGAACACAGUGGGCCAUUCCACCUACACCAGCGGCUGCCUCUCUCAUGCCCUGCAGCAUGUCGCUCUCACAAUCUUCUUUCCUGGUUGGUUGCGACUCUCUUCUUUCUGGGUGAGAUGGAUGGACAAAUUUACUUUGGAGAAAGUAAAGGAAACUAUGGCAACAUCCAAGAAGGAGAACUGACCAUCACAAAGAAAAAUCCAUACAUGGUGUAAGAAAUUGAUCAGAAUUAAAUAAAUCGGUGUCUCCAUUAUUGUGAUGGAUUCUCCUAACUGCCCUCUGUUUAGAUUGCAUUUUGGUUGUAAAGGUGACAUUGCAGAAACCAUUUCACAAAAACCCAUCUGGCUGAGAGUAUGGUUCCCAUUAUCUUCUGUGAUAUGGUUUUUACAUUUGUACAUUUACACUGCAUGACAUUUAAUUGCAUAUUGAAAUGUUUAAAAUUCACAAGUGCCAAAAUGAUACACAUUGCUAUUGAUUAAUCGGUAUAACAAUUGUGAUGCAAUACAUUUACAAAAAAACUGCUACAGGACAAUUUCAUGCGUUUUAUUACUGUAUAUCACUGUGUUGUAUAACUCAGGAAAUGUAGGCGAACUGGUCUAUUGCAGUGAGCGCACAAAUAGGUAAAUUUAUACAAAACGUUUUAUUUUGUUUGAAUCUAGUUCCCUCCUGAAUUUGAUUUCUUUUCAAGUAUUUCCAUUCAUGUCAUUAACUCCUAUGUUUAUAUGAGAACCUUGGGACUUUUUUAUAAGGGCAUAUUUAUCUUUUGUUUUCUAAAUUCUAAUUUAACCGCAUUUCAUACCAAUUACACAUUAAUACUGAAUUCCAAUGCAUUUGUAAUGUCAACAUUCUGCAAAUAGCUUGUUCUAUCCAAGUCAUUAUAAAUGUUAUAUCCAUGCUGUGUUGGUGUCAUAUUAGCAAUGUAGCUCUGUGACAUUGUUGCCAAUGCAUUUCACCAGCAUUAUUGAUCCUUUAGACUGAUGUUUUUAUCCCAUUAAAAUGUUAUUUUGUGUAUUUUAUGUUCAAUAGGCAAAUACUGGUAGUCCAAAAAUAAAGUCAUCCUGAGUCCUGUAAAGAUGUGCAGGGACAAUAUCA